AUGGGCCUGUGGGCCGCUUGGCCAUCGUGGGCGCUGACGAAGGGGUCUGAAGCCGACACGCCGGCUGAGUGGCUGACCCGUAAAGACCACUCUUGGGCCGUGGCGUCGUUUGACCUGGCCAACCUGGUGAGUGCGUGGCCAGCCAGUUUGCUGGCCGAACACGCCGGCCGAAAGGGGUGUCUGUUGGCCGUGGGAGUGGCCCUGGUCGCGUCGUUUGCGGUUCUGUUCGCGCCUAGCCGGUGGGCCGUAUUUGCGGCCCGCUCGUUGGCUGGCUUCUGCAAGGCUGUGUUGUACGCCUCCGUGCCCGGCUUCAUGGCCGAAAUAUCAGCCGACCAGGCGCGCGGCCGGCUCACAGUGAUCGUGGUCUUGUCCGACUCACUAGGCAUGCUCGCCGCCCUAUCCUUAGGGCCGCGGGUCCCGUAUGUAGUUAUGAACGGUUUUUCGCUGGUCAUCGGGCUGGCGUUCCUAGCGGCCGUCAUCCGCGUGCCCGAGACGCCGCACUACCUGUUGUCCAAGAGUCGGAUGGACGAUGCGAGGACAGCUCUCCGUUGGUACCGGCCGCGGUCCACGAGCGCCGACAACAACCGCCGUCUCAACCAGAUUAUGUUGGCCGUGCAGGAUGACAUGCGCGAUCCCGGUACGUAUCGCGAGCUGUUUACUGACGAUGGCAACCGGGCCGCGGUGCUGCUGGUGGCCGGAGCGUGUUUUGCACAGCGCGCUGGUGGCGUCGGCUGCGUGAUGGCCUACUCGACCACCACGAUGCCCACACACGGUCCGGUCCGGCCCGAAAACGUGGCUAUAACGUUUGCCGUCGUCCGACUGGCGUGCUCUAUGGUCGCGGUACCGCUCAUUGACUAUUACGGCCGCCGGCCGCUGACCCUUGGCUCGCAUCUGGCCUUGGCCGCCAUAACGGCCGCGUAUGCCCUCUGCCUGCUGUACAUCGAUGACCGGCCCGAUAACUGGGGCCCGUCAGUGUGUGUCGUCCUAUUCUCGAUGGCCUAUUCGAUGGGCGCCGGUAUCGUGCCUGGUGCGCUGGUCGGUGAGAUGUUCCCGGCCAACGUCAAGUCGCACGCCGUCACCGUGGUGUCCCUCGUCUCAUCCCUUGGCUCGUUCAUCAUCAACAAAGCGUACCUGCCCAUCAGCGACGCUUUCGGAGUGCACAUCAUGUUCUUCGUGUUCUGCUUCGUCAACGCCGCGUGGGCCAUCCUCGCGUACCUGUUCCUGUUUGAGACCAAAGGCAUGUCGCUGUCCGCCAUCCAAGAUCACCUCGACGACUACAACAGCUCUUCAUCAUCUGAAAACGAAGACAAGAGCAAACUGUCCAGCACCGGUACACAAUCGUGA